CCUAUCUAUAGACGUUCGUAAAUAUCUAGUGCAGCCUUGAUCGCUCCCAAAUUUCACAUCUCUCUUCCCACACCUCCUUCAGAUACUGAUAAGUUUCGAUGAAUCUCUCCAGACGUCGCAAAUUCUCAGAAUCGGAAAUCAGCUUCAAACUUCCGAUUUCAAAACACCUCCACUUAAAAUUCAGUGCGCAACCUAAGAACGUAGUCAUCGUACGUUUCACAUUCAUGCGGUACCUUCAGGCUGCCACUAUCACCACACAAUCCUCCAGAUCAUAAGUCUCCAUUAACUGUUAAACACAACACGACUUAAGUCAGUCGAGGUCGUCCAAACAACUUUUUAAAAUUUGGUGUUAGAUUGUUGCAAUGUCAACUACGAGGAUAAUGUGUUCUUUAACCAGGUGUUUCGAUGUUGUUCUGUGGUGCAUUCUGGUGUUGAUUGUUGCCGUUUGUGUCAGUUCGACGGAGUCUGCACGGAAAAAUCAAGUAAGGUUUUCCGAGGAUGUUAUAGUUUUUCCGAAGGAAGAUGACAUGGGUGGAAAGGAGAGAAGGAUGGAGGAGUUUAGGAUGCCAGGGUUUUUCGGGCAUACUGUGGAGUUUCAUAAGAUGCAUCCAGAGUUUGGCGUUAGAAGAAUAGGUGGUAGAGGGAGGAAUCCAGAAAUUCAGGGGAUUGAUAAUGAUAAAAGAAAUGUUGAAGAUGUGAUAUCAACAAAUAUGACGAUUCCCCUCGACUUGAUUCAAGAGAUCAAUGAAGUCGGUGAUCUGAAUGAAAUAACUAGGAGGUUUGUCGAAGGAGAUGGACAGGUGUAUCCUGAUUCUUCAAUAUUGACAGAUCGUUUUGCCGAUGGAGAGAGAAAUGCAGCUAUCAGACCAAAAUCUGCAGCCUGUAUGCCCGAAUUGCAGACUGUGAAGUUGGCAAGCUCGUUAGACGCGAGCAUCUUGUACAUUCCCCAAUGCACAAGAAUAGAAAGAUGCGGAGGAUGUUGCAGUCACCAUUUACUAAGCUGUCAGCCCAUUGAAACAGAACCUGUCAGUUUUUCAGUGCUGAAAACUCAAUAUGUAGGCGGAAAAAAUUUGAAACUUGUAGGUAAAGAAAUCGUUGUCUUAGAGAAACAUACCAAGUGUAAAUGUGACUGCAAAGUGAGACCAGAGGAUUGCAACAUCUAUCAAGUAUAUAAAAAGCCAGAAUGUCGUUGUGCUUGUACUAACACUGAUGAAGAGAAAAAAUGCUAUAGAAAAAAUCAAACUAAACUAUGGGACCCACAGCUGUGUAGUUGUGUUUGUAGAGAAGUGGCUGAUUGUUCCACUGGCUUUCAAUUCGAUCCAAUUGAAUGCAGAUGUGCUCCAGUUCCGAUUAGGAGUAGAUACACUGAAGCAGAACCAAGAUUAGACUGAUUAACAACUCACCAAUUGAGAAACUGUAUCAUUUCAUAAUUCAUAACCAAAUAUUCUCCUUGAUUGUGAUAUUUUCUAUGUAUAUUGUCAUAAAUUAUUAUUAUAUUAUCCAAAAAAGCAAUAAACUGUUGACUUAAAAUGUA